UAUUCCGCCAUGUCAACCCCUUUCAAGGUCAUCAUCGUCGGUGGCGGCCCAGUCGGGCUCACGGCAGCCCACGCACUAAGCCACGCGGGCAUCGACUUUGUCGUACUUGAAAGCAGAGACUCGGUGGUUCUCGACCAAGGCGCCAGUUUAGUUCUCGGGCCUCCUUCUCUGCGCGUGAUGCACCAACUGGGUCUUCUUGAUCAGUUGAUGGCUAUUGGUGGUGAACUCAAUAUAUCGCAGUCGUUUACUCAUCAGGGAUAUGAAUUCCGUCAUUACAAUCCAUUUCAAAUUAUACAGAAAAACCAUGGCACCGUCCCGGUGUGCUUCCACCGCGCCCACCUAGUCGAGACGCUAUACAACGAACUCCCAGAGCAAGCGAAACAGCGAUACCUCGUCAACCAAAAAGUCAUUGAUAUCGAAUCGCUCGAAUCGCACGGCACUGAAUCCGAUGUCAAAAACGACACCGUCCGAGUCACUUGCGCCGACGGCACCACCUACGAAGGAUCCAUGGUUCUCGGCGCGGACGGCACCCACAGCAUAACACGGCAAUUGAUGCGCCGACUCGCCUUGGCCGCGAAUCCGGCACAGCCCUGGGACGCCGAGAAGCCCUUCCCGGCCACAUACAGAUGCACGUGGUGUAGCUUCCCUCGGGGAGGUGAGAAGAUCGGAAUCAUGACUGAGACCCAGAAUCAAGAUAUGUCAGUCAUGUAUCUCACUGGGCGCGAGCGGGGGUGGGUCUUCCUCUACGAACGUCUACCAGAGCCAACUACCGAGCGGACAAAGUACACCACCGAGGACAUCGAGGCCGUGGCGGCGCGGUUUGCCGAGUACUCUGUUACCGAAACACGACGCGUGAAGGACGUAUUCGCGGAGCGAUUCAAUGCGGGCAUGGCGAAUUUAGAGGAGGGCAUCCUGCAACACUGGAAUUGGGACCGGAUCGUUCUUACAGGCGACGCAUGUCACAAAUACACCCCGAACGCGGGACUAGGGCUCAAUGACGGGAUUCAGGAUGUGGUGGUGCUCUGUAAUGGGCUACACCAGGCGUUGCAGAGGGCAGAUGGACCGUUAUCCACGGCCACACUGGGUCGUGUGUUCGAGGCGUAUCAUACGGAGCGCGCGGAGCAAGUUCAAGCUGAUGCUAAGCAAUCAGCACAGGUGACGCGGCUCCACGCGUGGGCGAAUACGCUGUACUACCUCAUCUCACGCUAUAUCCUAUCCUGGAAUGUGAUUGAGGGGGCAUUCCUCAAUUAUCAUGUCUCGAAGAAGAUUAAAAAGGCGGCUGUGUUGACGUAUAUCCGUGCCUCGGAGCCGUUCAAGGGGGCUGUACAGUGGGAUCAUCCGAUGGAGAUGCAAUAGAUGCUAGAACAUUGAAAUAAAUUCAAAAGCG